ACUUCGGGUCUUGGGCGGCUCUGGGGCUAGUGGGAGUCUGCGCCGCCGCCGCCACCGCUACUGCCGCCGUAGCCGCUACCGCCGCCGCCACUGGCCGAGCGGUUUUUUUUUUUUUGGGUUGCCGGAUCCGCCAUAUUGACGAGGACGGGCAUCCGCGGCUGCGGACGCUAGUCUCCGCCGCCGCCGGAGCCGCAACCUCUCCGCACCCGGCCCCGUCAGGGCCUCUGUCGCGCCGAGCCCCUCCCCGCCUUACACAGCUCCCGGGCCUCGCGGGAGCCCGCCGCCGCCGCCGCCUCUCUCUCACGGGAGGCGGCCGCCUUAGCGCCCAGUGCUUGGGUCGGCGCCGGGAGCGAGGAGCGAGCUGCUUCAAAGCCACCAGGCCUGGAGCGGGGACAGAGGCGGCGACUAGAGAAAGGUGAAGCCGUCGCUGCAGGAGGAGGAGCAGGAGGAGGUGACGCAGGAGAAACGCACCGCCCGGAGCCCGUCUGAGCUCAGCGAGAGCCCCAGCCUGAGGGGAGAAGGGGGAAGAGGGCUGUCGCCGGCCAAGGAGGAGGAGGAGGCGGGCGCGGCGAGGAGCGAGUUCCGGCGCCGGUGUGCAGCGUUUUGGUUGAGACGCCCGCAGCCCCGAGCCCGGCCGCCACAGCCUUUCGAUACACUUUGUUGCCGGUCACCCCCGGGCCUGGGAUGCACCCAGGGUAGGUCUCGUCCCGGGACCGAGCCCCACCGUCGCCUGGUGCCUCCCGCCUCCGCGUGCCCUGGUUGUGAGAAGACGUCUGUGUCGUGCGUUUCAGUGUUCAGAACUGUACGAACUGCGACUCUACCCCUUUCCUUGGAAGAGAAGUGGACGGGAAACCUGGAGUCCAGGAUUAUAUAAGCCAAGGAAGCUCAGAGUUUCAAGAAGGGAAAGGUGGUCAGUGUCUAAUGAUGAGAAGAGGGCAACCAGGAUGAAUAUUGAGAAGCAGUUAUUUGAUUUGUCAGUUAUGCAAUGGUCUCUGCAAGAUGGUUUAUUCUUGAAUUGGACCUUUUUAAGACUGACAAAUGCUGGUACUUCAUCUUCUAUAAGUGGACUAUAAUUUCUUUUCUCAAGACAACUACAUAAGCAGACAAAAUUGCAAAGAUCUGCCCUGUGUCGAGUAUGACAGCCACGACUCGUGGCUCUCCGGUCGGAGGGAAUGACAACCAGGGCCAGGCUCCUGAUGGACAGUCUCAGCCCCCCCUCCAACAGAAUCAGACUUCAUCGCCUGAUUCUUCCAAUGAAAAUUCCCCGGCAACUCCCCCAGAUGAGCAAGGUCAAGGUGAUGCCCCACCACAGCUUGAAGAUGAGGAACCUGCAUUUCCACAUACUGACUUGGCCAAGUUGGAUGACAUGAUCAACAGGCCUCGAUGGGUGGUUCCAGUUUUGCCGAAAGGGGAAUUAGAAGUGCUUUUAGAAGCUGCUAUUGAUCUUAGUAAAAAAGGCCUUGAUGUUAAAAGUGAAGCAUGUCAGCGAUUUUUCCGAGAUGGGCUAACAAUAUCAUUCACUAAAAUUCUUACAGAUGAAGCAGUGAGUGGCUGGAAGUUUGAAAUUCAUAGGUGUAUUAUUAACAAUACUCAUCGUCUGGUGGAGCUAUGUGUGGCCAAGUUGUCCCAAGACUGGUUUCCACUUUUAGAACUUCUUGCCAUGGCCUUAAAUCCUCAUUGCAAAUUCCAUAUCUACAAUGGUACACGUCCAUGUGAAUCAGUUUCCUCAAGUGUUCAGUUGCCUGAAGAUGAACUCUUUGCUCGUUCUCCAGAUCCUCGAUCACCAAAGGGUUGGCUAGUGGAUCUUCUCAACAAAUUUGGCACUUUAAAUGGGUUCCAGAUUUUGCAUGAUCGUUUUAUUAAUGGAUCAGCAUUAAACGUUCAAAUAAUUGCAGCCCUUAUUAAACCAUUUGGGCAAUGCUAUGAGUUUCUCACUCUUCAUACAGUGAAAAAGUACUUUCUUCCAAUAAUAGAAAUGGUUCCACAGUUUUUAGAAAACUUAACUGAUGAAGAACUGAAAAAAGAAGCAAAGAAUGAAGCCAAAAAUGAUGCUCUUUCAAUGAUUAUUAAAUCUUUGAAGAAUUUAGCUUCAAGGGUUCCAGGACAAGAAGAAACUGUUAAAAACUUAGAAAUAUUUAGGUUAAAAAUGAUACUUAGAUUAUUGCAAAUUUCUUCUUUCAAUGGAAAGAUGAAUGCACUUAAUGAAGUUAAUAAGGUGAUAUCUAGUGUAUCAUACUAUACCCAUCGACAUGGUAAUCCUGAGGAGGAAGAGUGGCUCACAGCUGAACGAAUGGCAGAAUGGAUACAGCAGAACAAUAUCUUAUCCAUAGUGUUGCGAGAUAGUCUUCAUCAGCCACAAUAUGUAGAAAAGUUAGAGAAGAUUCUUCGUUUUGUCAUCAAAGAAAAAGCUCUGACCUUACAGGAUCUUGAUAAUAUAUGGGCAGCACAGGCAGGGAAACAUGAAGCCAUUGUGAAGAAUGUACAUGAUCUCCUGGCAAAAUUGGCAUGGGAUUUUUCUCCUGAACAACUUGAUCAUCUUUUUGAUUGUUUUAAGGCCAGUUGGACAAAUGCGAGUAAAAAGCAACGUGAAAAGCUACUUGAGCUGAUACGUCGUCUUGCAGAAGAUGAUAAAGAUGGUGUGAUGGCACACAAAGUGUUGAACCUUCUGUGGAAUCUGGCUCACAGUGAUGAUGUGCCUGUAGAUAUCAUGGACCUGGCUCUCAGUGCCCACAUAAAAAUACUAGAUUACAGUUGCUCCCAGGACCGUGAUACACAAAAGAUCCAAUGGAUAGAUCGCUUUAUAGAAGAACUUCGCACAAAUGACAAAUGGGUUAUUCCCGCACUGAAACAAAUUAGAGAAAUUUGUAGUUUGUUUGGUGAAGCGCCUCAAAAUUUGAGUUCUUCUCGUUUCAGUCAAACUCAGCGAAGUCCCCAUGUGUUUUAUCGCCAUGACUUAAUCAAUCAACUUCAACACAAUCAUGCCCUAGUUACUUUGGUAGCAGAAAACCUUGCAACUUACAUGGAAAGCAUGAGACUAUAUGCUAGAGACCAUGAAGAUUAUGACCCACAAACUGUGAGGCUGGGAAGUAGAUAUAGUCAUGUUCAAGAAGUUCAAGAACGGCUUAACUUCCUUAGAUUUUUAUUGAAGGAUGGCCAGCUGUGGCUAUGUGCUCCUCAGGCAAAACAAAUAUGGAAAUGCUUAGCUGAGAAUGCAGUUUACCUUUGUGAUCGUGAAGCCUGUUUUAAAUGGUAUUCCAAAUUGAUGGGGGAUGAACCAGACUUAGAUCCUGAUAUUAAUAAGGAUUUCUUUGAAAGUAAUGUGCUUCAGCUUGAUCCUUCUCUGUUAACUGAAAAUGGAAUGAAGUGUUUUGAGCGAUUCUUCAAAGCUGUGAAUUGUCGAGAAGGAAAACUAGUAGCAAAAAGGAGAGCCUAUAUGAUGGAUGACUUGGAGUUAAUAGGAUUAGAUUACCUUUGGAGGGUCGUGAUUCAGAGUAAUGAUGAUAUUGCCAGCAGAGCUAUAGAUCUCCUCAAAGAGAUAUACACAAACCUUGGUCCAAGACUACAAGUCAAUCAGGUGGUGAUCCAUGAAGACUUCAUUCAGUCUUGUUUUGAUCGUCUGAAGGCUUCCUAUGACACGUUGUGUGUUUUGGAUGGUGACAAAGACAGUGUUAAUUGUGCAAGACAGGAAGCUGUUCGAAUGGUUCGAGUAUUAACUGUUUUAAGGGAAUAUAUAAAUGAAUGUGACAGUGAUUAUCAUGAGGAAAGAACAAUUCUCCCUAUGUCGAGAGCAUUCCGUGGUAAACACCUCUCUUUUGUAGUUCGAUUUCCAAACCAGGGCAGACAGGUUGAUGACUUGGAGGUAUGGUCUCAUACAAAUGAUACAAUUGGUUCAGUACGACGAUGUAUUCUCAAUCGUAUUAAAGCCAACGUAGCCCAUACAAAAAUUGAGCUCUUUGUGGGCGGUGAGCUGAUAGAUCCUGCAGAUGAUAGAAAGUUGAUUGGACAAUUAAACUUAAAAGAUAAAUCGCUUAUUACAGCCAAACUUACACAGAUAAGUUCCAAUAUGCCUUCAAGCCCUGAUAGCUCUUCUGAUUCCUCCACUGGAUCUCCUGGAAACCAUGGUAAUCAUUACAGUGAUGGUCCCAAUCCAGAAGUGGAAAGCUGUUUGCCUGGAGUGAUAAUGUCACUGCAUCCCAGAUACAUCUCUUUUCUUUGGCAAGUUGCAGACUUAGGUAGCAGCCUAAAUAUGCCACCCCUUAGAGAUGGAGCAAGAGUACUUAUGAAACUUAUGCCGCCAGAUAGCACAACGAUAGAAAAAUUAAGAGCUAUUUGUUUAGACCAUGCCAAACUUGGAGAAAGCAGCCUUAGUCCAUCUCUUGACUCACUUUUCUUUGGUCCUUCAGCCUCACAAGUGCUGUAUCUAACAGAGGUAGUCUAUGCCUUGUUAAUGCCUGCUGGUGCACCUCUGGCUGAUGAUUCCUCUGAUUUUCAGUUUCACUUCUUGAAAAGUGGUGGCCUACCCCUUGUACUGAGUAUGCUAACCAGAAAUAACUUCCUACCAAAUGCAGAUAUGGAAACUCGAAGGGGUGCCUACCUCAAUGCUCUUAAAAUAGCCAAGCUUUUGCUAACUGCCAUUGGCUAUGGUCAUGUUCGAGCUGUGGCAGAAGCUUAUCAGCCAGGUGUAGAAGGUGUGAAUCCCAUGACACCGAUCAACCAAGUUACCCAUGAUCAAGCAGUGGUGCUACAAAGUGCCCUUCAGAGCAUUCCUAAUCCAUCAUCCGAGUGCAUGCUUAGAAAUGUGUCAGUUCGUCUUGCUCAGCAGAUAUCUGAUGAGGCUUCAAGAUAUAUGCCUGAUAUUUGUGUAAUUAGAGCUAUACAAAAAAUUAUCUGGGCAUCAGGAUGUGGGUCUUUACAGCUAGUAUUUAGCCCAAAUGAAGAAAUCACUAAAAUUUAUGAGAAGACCAAUGCAGGCAAUGAGCCAGACUUGGAAGAUGAACAGGUUUGCUGUGAAGCAUUGGAAGUGAUGACCUUAUGUUUUGCCUUGAUUCCAACAGCCUUAGAUGCUCUUAGUAAAGAAAAGGCUUGGCAGACAUUCAUCAUUGACUUACUAUUGCACUGUCACAGCAAAACUGUUCGUCAGGUGGCCCAGGAGCAGUUCUUUUUAAUGUGCACCAGAUGUUGCAUGGGACACCGGCCUCUACUUUUCUUCAUUACUCUACUCUUUACUGUUUUGGGGAGCACAGCAAGAGAGAGAGCUAAACACUCAGGCGACUACUUUACUCUUUUAAGACACCUUCUUAAUUACGCUUACAAUAGUAAUAUUAAUGUACCCAAUGCUGAAGUUCUUCUCAAUAAUGAAAUUGAUUGGCUUAAAAGAAUUAGGGAUGAUGUUAAAAGAACAGGAGAAACGGGUAUUGAAGAGACGAUCUUAGAGGGCCACCUUGGAGUGACAAAGGAGUUACUGGCCUUUCAAACUUCUGAGAAAAAAUUUCAUAUUGGUUGUGAAAAAGGAGGUGCUAAUCUCAUUAAAGAAUUAAUUGAUGAUUUCAUAUUUCCUGCAUCCAAUGUUUACCUACAGUAUAUGAGAAAUGGAGAGCUCCCAGCCGAACAGGCUAUUCCAGUCUGUGGUUCACCACCUACAAUUAAUGCUGGUUUUGAAUUACUUGUAGCAUUAGCUGUUGGCUGUGUGAGGAAUCUCAAACAAAUAGUAGAUUCUUUGACUGAAAUGUAUUACAUUGGCACAGCAAUAACUACUUGUGAAGCACUUACUGAGUGGGAAUAUCUGCCACCUGUUGGACCCCGCCCACCCAAAGGAUUCGUGGGGCUGAAAAAUGCCGGUGCUACUUGUUACAUGAAUUCUGUGAUUCAGCAACUCUACAUGAUUCCUUCCAUUAGGAACGGUAUUCUUGCCAUUGAAGGCACAGGUAGUGAUGUAGAUGAUGAUAUGUCUGGGGAUGAGAAGCAGGACAAUGAGAGCAAUGUUGAUCCCAGGGAUGAUGUAUUUGGAUAUCCUCAACAAUUUGAAGAUAAACCAGCAUUAAGUAAAACUGAAGAUAGAAAAGAGUACAACAUUGGUGUCCUAAGACACCUUCAGGUCAUCUUUGGUCAUUUAGCUGCUUCUCGACUGCAAUACUAUGUGCCCAGAGGAUUUUGGAAACAGUUCAGGCUUUGGGGUGAGCCUGUUAAUCUGCGUGAACAACACGAUGCUUUAGAAUUUUUUAAUUCAUUGGUGGAUAGUUUAGAUGAAGCUUUAAAAGCUUUAGGACAUCCAGCUAUGCUAAGUAAAGUCUUAGGAGGUUCCUUUGCUGAUCAGAAGAUCUGCCAAGGCUGCCCACAUAGGUACGAAUGUGAAGAAUCUUUUACGACCCUAAACGUAGACAUUAGAAAUCACCAAAAUCUUCUUGAUUCUUUGGAACAGUAUGUCAAAGGAGAUUUACUAGAAGGUGCAAAUGCAUAUCAUUGUGAAAAAUGCAAUAAAAAGGUUGAUACCGUAAAGCGCUUACUGAUUAAAAAAUUACCUCCUGUUCUUGCUAUACAACUAAAGCGAUUUGACUAUGACUGGGAAAGAGAAUGUGCAAUCAAGUUCAAUGAUUAUUUUGAAUUUCCUCGAGAGCUGGACAUGGAACCUUACACAGUUGCAGGUGUCGCAAAGCUGGAAGGGGAUAAUGUAAACCCAGAGAGUCAGUUGAUACAACAGAGUGAGCAGUCUGAAAGUGAGACAGCAGGAAGCACAAAAUACAGACUUGUGGGUGUGCUUGUACACAGUGGUCAAGCGAGUGGGGGGCAUUAUUAUUCUUACAUCAUCCAAAGGAAUGGUGGAGAUGGUGAGAGAAAUCGCUGGUAUAAAUUUGAUGAUGGUGAUGUAACAGAAUGUAAAAUGGAUGAUGACGAAGAAAUGAAAAACCAGUGUUUUGGUGGAGAGUACAUGGGAGAAGUGUUUGAUCACAUGAUGAAGCGCAUGUCAUACAGGCGCCAGAAAAGGUGGUGGAAUGCUUAUAUACUUUUUUAUGAACGAAUGGACACAAUAGACCAAGAUGAUGAGUUGAUAAGAUAUAUAUCAGAGCUUGCUAUCACCACCAGACCUCAUCAGAUUAUUAUGCCAUCAGCCAUUGAGAGAAGUGUACGGAAACAGAACGUACAAUUCAUGCAUAACCGAAUGCAGUACAGUAUGGAGUAUUUUCAGUUUAUGAAAAAACUGCUUACAUGUAAUGGCGUUUACUUAAACCCUCCUCCCGGGCAAGAUCACCUGUUGCCUGAAGCAGAAGAAAUCACUAUGAUCAGUAUUCAACUUGCUGCUAGGUUCCUCUUUACUACAGGAUUUCACACAAAGAAAGUAGUCCGUGGCUCUGCCAGUGAUUGGUAUGAUGCAUUGUGUAUUCUCCUUCGUCACAGCAAGAAUGUACGUUUUUGGUUUGCUCAUAACGUCCUUUUUAAUGUUUCAAAUCGCUUCUCCGAAUACCUUCUGGAGUGCCCUAGUGCAGAAGUGAGGGGUGCGUUUGCAAAACUUAUAGUCUUUAUUGCACAUUUUUCCUUGCAAGAUGGGCCAUGUCCUUCACCUUUUGCCUCUCCUGGACCUUCUAGUCAGGCUUAUGACAACUUAAGCUUGAGUGAUCACUUACUAAGAGCAGUACUAAAUCUCUUGAGAAGGGAAGUUUCAGAGCAUGGGCGUCAUUUACAGCAGUAUUUCAACCUGUUUGUAAUGUAUGCCAAUUUAGGUGUGGCAGAGAAGACACAGCUUCUGAAAUUGAGUGUACCUGCUACCUUUAUGCUUGUGUCUUUAGAUGAAGGUCCAGGUCCUCCAAUCAAAUACCAGUAUGCUGAAUUAGGCAAAUUAUACUCAGUAGUGUCACAGCUGAUCCGCUGUUGCAAUGUCUCUUCAAGAAUGCAGUCUUCAAUCAAUGGUAAUCCUCCUCUUCCCAAUCCUUUUGGUGAUCCUAAUUUAUCACAACCUAUAAUGCCAAUUCAGCAGAAUGUGGCAGACAUUUUAUUUGUGAGAACAAGUUAUGUGAAGAAAAUCAUUGAAGACUGCAGUAAUUCAGAGGAAACCGUCAAAUUGCUUCGUUUUUGCUGCUGGGAGAAUCCUCAAUUCUCAUCUACUGUCCUCAGUGAACUUCUCUGGCAGGUUGCAUAUUCCUAUACCUAUGAACUGCGGCCCUAUUUGGAUCUGCUUUUGCAAAUCUUACUGAUUGAGGACUCCUGGCAAACUCACAGAAUUCAUAAUGCACUGAAAGGAAUUCCAGAUGACCGAGAUGGGCUGUUUGACACAAUCCAGCGCUCUAAGAAUCACUAUCAAAAAAGAGCAUACCAGUGUAUAAAAUGUAUGGUAGCUCUAUUUAGUAACUGUCCUGUUGCUUACCAAAUCCUGCAGGGCAAUGGAGAUCUUAAAAGAAAGUGGACCUGGGCGGUGGAAUGGCUUGGAGAUGAACUUGAAAGAAGACCAUAUACUGGCAAUCCUCAGUACACUUACAACAAUUGGUCUCCCCCAGUGCAAAGCAAUGAAACAUCAAAUGGUUAUUUCUUGGAGAGAUCACAUAGUGCUAGGAUGACACUUGCAAAAGCUUGUGAACUCUGUCCAGAGGAGGUAAAAAAAGCCACCAGUGUGCAGCAGAUAGAAAUGGAAGAGAGCAAAGAGCCAGAUGACCAAGAUGCUCCAGAUGAACAUGAGUCGCCUCCACCUGAAGAUGCCCCAUUGUACCCCCAUUCACCUGGAUCUCAGUAUCAACAGAAUAACCAUGUGCAUGGACAGCCAUAUACAGGCCCAGCAGCACAUCACAUGAACAACCCUCAGAGAACUGGCCAACGAGCACAAGAAAAUUAUGAAGGCAGUGAAGAAGUAUCCCCACCUCAAACCAAGGAUCAGUGAAAUGCACAUAAUUAACUGGUUCCAUCAAGACUGUGCACCCAGGCCUUACAGUCCAACCUUUUUCUGUGUCUGGCUAAUAUUUAAAACUAGAAAAACUAUUCCUAAUCAACAUGGAGUGGAGAGUUUAUUCACUGUCUUAUCUGCAGAAAUUUGCUGUCAAUAUAUAACCCGCCUGCAGUGGAAAGUGUAUAGUGUUUUGUAAUAAAUGGCCUGAUGCUAAUGUGUAAAUGGCAAAGGUGUAUAUAGUAUAUUAAUGUUGACUGUUAAUUCUUAAGAAACUUUUUUCUUGAUGAGACUCACAGAUCUACACAAACUACAAAAGUUAAUUUUCUUGUUAUACCCACUGCACUCUGCAACCAGUGUUGCCUGCCUCAUGGCAGUUGGAUCAGCUCCUUUACAAAAAAAAAAAAAAAAAAACCAACAA